AUGGUAACUAAACUUACAAGCAGAUUAUUAAGUAUCAGAGACGUUAAAUCGGUUCUUAAAACUGGCCCACGCGAUUUUUUGAAAGGACCAACAAAUGCUAAAAAUGCGAUUAGAAGGAUAACUGCUCGUGAGAAAAUAAAAUCGACCAGAAAAUCAAAUGACAAGCCAUUGUCAAGAUAUUUAACAUUUAAAAAAGAAAAUCCAUCCGAAAAACCAUUUGUUAGUCCAAAAUUAAUUGAGAACCCCAAAACUUUUUUUGAUCACAUAAAUAAUCAAGAUGCUUUGCAUCACGGUUCUAAAUUAAAUAGACGUGCAUUUUUAUUAAACAUGAUAAAUAAAAGAAGUCAUGGUCUUCCCACGUUAAGUAAUGAAUCAUCUUUAUCUAAUCAGAAAAAGGUUACCAAUAAUAGAGUAAAAUUUGUAGAUUUAAAAAAACUUUGGGUAAAUGAAAAUAUAUUUCCAAAGGAUUACGAUCCGAAUUGGAGAGAUCGUGAGAAUUUACCGAAUUGGUUGAAACAUAGAUACGCAAUUCAAGAGAGAACCAUGUUUCAAAAAUGGUGCCCGAGUAAAAGAGUUCCUAGGGAAGUUAUGGAUAAGUCACCGGAAGAAAAUACACCCAAAAAAUUGUCACAACAAUUUAAAAUAUCUCCUGAAUCGAUUCGUCGUAUCCUUCAUUCAAAAUUCGUUCCUACAGCUGAAAUAGCGGUGCGACAAAAUAAAAAAGUAUUGGAAAAACUUUCGAAAUUUAAAGCUGAUAUGAAAGAGAAACGGAAAGAAGAUAAAAGAUUGAAGAAGCUGAAAAAGAAAAAAUUGGUGAAAGAUGUUCUGCCAUCAGUUAAAAAACCUAAGCAGAAAGGAGAUAGAUUUUUAAAAGUGUUGAGAGCUGUUCAAAAUAGUGGUGAAAGUUCAAGAGAGACGCACGUUUAA